UAAGCAGCUGUUGUGUGAUGUGAUGAUUGUGGCGGAAGAUGUCGAGAUAGAAGCCCACCGCGUGGUCCUGGCAGCCUGCAGCCCCUACUUCUGUGCGAUGUUCACAGGUGACAUGUCUGAGAGUAAAGCCAAGAAGGUGGAAAUCAAGGACAUGGAUGGACAGACCCUCAGUAAGCUGAUUGACUACAUUUACACUGCGGAAAUUGAGGUGACGGAAGAGAAUGUGCAGGUGCUGCUUCCAGCAGCCAGCUUGCUGCAGCUCCUGGAUGUUCGGCAGAACUGCUGUGACUUCCUGCAGUCUCAGUUGCACCCCACCAAUUGCCUGGGCAUCCGUGCAUUUGCAGAUGUGCACACCUGCACUGACCUUCUGCAGCAGGCCAACGCCUAUGCAGAGCAGCACUUUCCAGAGGUGAUGCUGGGGGAAGAGUUUCUUAGCCUAACUCUGGACCAGGUGUGCAGCUUGAUAUCCAGUGACAAGCUGACUGUUUCCUCAGAAGAGAAGGUGUUUGAAGCUGUGAUUUCUUGGAUCAAUUAUGAGAAAGAGACCCGGUUAGAGCACAUGGCAAGGUUAAUGGAACAUGUCCGACUCCCACUCUUACCUAGGGAUUACCUAGUCCAGACAGUUGAAGAGGAAGCUUUGAUAAAGAAUAACAACACCUGUAAGGACUUCCUCAUCGAGGCCAUGAAAUACCAUCUGCUCCCUCUGGAUCAGAGGCUCUUGAUUAAGAAUCCCAGGACCAAGCCCCGGACUCCAGUCAGCCUGCCCAAGGUCAUGAUUGUAGUUGGCGGCCAGGCACCCAAGGCCAUCCGCAGUGUGGAAUGCUAUGACUUCGAGGAGGACCGGUGGGAUCAGAUCGCGGAGCUUCCCUCUAGGAGAUGCAGAGCAGGUGUGGUGUUCAUGGCUGGCCAUGUGUAUGCUGUGGGCGGGUUUAAUGGCUCACUGCGGGUGCGGACAGUGGACGUGUAUGACGGCGUGAAGGACCAGUGGACGUCCAUUGCCAGCAUGCAGGAGCGGCGCAGCACGCUGGGCGCGGCGGUGCUCAAUGAUCUCCUCUAUGCGGUGGGAGGCUUUGAUGGUAGUACCGGCCUAGCGUCAGUGGAAGCAUACAGCUACAAGACCAACGAGUGGUUCUUCGUGGCCCCAAUGAACACGCGACGGAGCAGUGUGGGCGUGGGCGUCGUGGAGGGGAAGCUGUAUGCUGUUGGGGGUUAUGAUGGGGCUUCUCGCCAGUGCCUGAGCACCGUGGAGCAGUACAACCCAGCCACCAACGAGUGGAUAUACGUUGCAGACAUGAGCACCCGCCGCAGUGGUGCAGGGGUCGGGGUGCUCAGUGGACAGCUGUACGCCACAGGUGGGCACGAUGGGCCCUUGGUGAGGAAGAGUGUUGAGGUAUAUGAUCCUGGAACAAACACCUGGAAGCAGGUGGCCGACAUGAAUAUGUGCCGGCGCAAUGCAGGGGUCUGUGCAGUGAACGGGCUCCUGUAUGUGGUCGGAGGGGACGAUGGAUCCUGCAACUUGGCCUCAGUGGAGUAUUACAAUCCCAUCACUGACAAAUGGACACUACUGCCAACCAACAUGAGCACAGGGCGGAGCUAUGCAGGUGUUGCUGUGAUUCACAAGUCAUUGUGACCCAAACUCCCACAGUCAGGAAGUAGAGGAAGGAGUGGGUGCUGCUUGUGACUUGGAGCAGCAGGACCAUGACAACCGAAUGAGACUCCUGGGUGGGCCCAAGGUGUUGUGAAGACCACCCUCCUCUGAGUUGGCAGACUGGCAUCGUCCCUCACAGUGUGGACACUGAUGACCCACCUCCUGCUCCCCUGAGUGCUUUGGCCUCUGCCCUGAGCAGUGGAGUUUCUUCAGCCCUAGC